AUGGUGAUGCGGAGGCAUAAGAUUAUACCAUUUCCAAAGACUACCGACUUAAACUUACCUCUUUUCAACUUUAAUGUGUUGCUCCAGCAUUCCUCUUUCCUUCUUUAUGUGCAGCUCAACCGCCCAUGCAACCAGCUUCAACUCAAUAAUACUAAAUCCAUCUGCAAGACCAACACUACAAGCGCAGAACAAGAAGCAGAGCCGCUUGAUUAUAGAUAUUCAUGUUUGGACCGAAGUGGUGUGGCUCCAUCAAGCAAAUACCAAAGCAAUCUCAAGAAUCUCAUAUCUUCACUUUUUUCUGAUUCUUCAACCGGCAAUGGAUUUGGUAACAGAACUGCAGGUAGUGAUAAAGAUAAGGUGUAUGGGCUUUAUCUUUGUAGAGGGGAUGUGAAUUCAAGUUUAUGUCAUUCUUGUGUUCAAGAUUCUAGCAGAUUGAUCCAACAGCAUUGUCCCAAUAAUGCUACUGCAGUUUUAUGGCACCCAUUUUGCCUUCUCAGAUAUUCCAACGAGGAUUUCUUUGGCAAUCUAACUCUGAGGCCUCGGAUUCCCAUGUUUGAUGCAACACAAAACUUAACGAGUGCAGGAGAGUUCGACAGUGACGCUAGGAUUCUGAUGAACGGUUUGAUACAGACAGGUUCAGAGACAAACCUGAUGUUUGGGACACACGUGUUCAACAUAAAUGGCACCCAGAAAAGGUAUGGUUGGGUUCAGUGCAGCAAAGACAUAACUAGUGAAGAGUGCAGAACAUGUCUGAGCAAUAUGCUUGAAGAAGUUGAAAAUUGCUGUGAAGGCAAGAGGGUUUGGAGAAUCUUUUCUCCUAGCUGUAUUGUUAUGUAUGAGACUCAGCCUUUCUUUGUAAAUGAUACUGGGUUGAUUGCUCCAACGCCCCAGCUAGGUGAGGAAAGUAGUAACAGGUCAAUGCUUAGAGUUAUCGUUGUUAUAAGUGUAGUAGUAGUACUAGCUCUACUGGUUUUCUGCACAAUCUACUUCAGGUUCUUGAGAAAGAAAAAAGACAAACAAGCAGUGCAGGAAGAUGGGCUAAAUCCAGUAUUUUCUCAGGAUCAAACUGACGAAGAGAAUUCUAUGAGUAUUGACCUUUCGAUAAUGUCCCUGAAAACUAUUCUUCAAACUACUUGUAACUUUUCUGAAGAAUGUAAAUUGGGAAAAGGUGGAUUUGGCUCUGUAUACAAGGGUGUUUUACCUGAUAGGAAGGAAAUAGCAGUAAAGAGGCUGUUAAAAACUUCAGGGCAAGGAUUAAAAGAGUUAAAGAAUGAAGUAAUAUUGAUUGCAAAAUUGCAGCAUCGGAACCUUAUGAGAUUGUUAGCUUGCUGCAUUGAGCAAAAUGAAAAGCUACUUGUUUAUGAGUACAUGCCUAAUUCUAGCCUCGAUUUUCACCUCUUCGAUAUGGAGAAGCAUUCCCAGUUGGAAUGGAAGUUGCGAUUGAGCAUCAUUAAUGGAACUGCAAAAGGACUUUUGUAUCUCCAUGAAGACUCUAGACUAAGGGUUAUUCAUAGGGAUCUAAAAGCUAGUAAUAUACUGUUAGACCAUGAAAUGAAUCCAAAAAUUUCAGAUUUUGGAUUACCAAGAGUUUUUGGAGGCAACCAAAGGCAAGCAAAUACUAUCAGAGUUGUGGGUACCUAUGGUUACAUGGCUCCAGAAUAUGCUAUGGAAGGCUUGUUUUCAAUAAAAUCAUAUGUAUUUAGCUUUGGUGUUCUCCUACUAGAAAUCAUUAGUGGAAAAAAGAAUGGUAGAUUCUACCUUUCAGAGCACGGUCAAAGCCUUCUCAUAUAUGCAUGGAGGCUCGGGUGUGAAGGGAAGGGCUUGGACCUAAUGGAUCCAAUAUUAGAAAGGUCAUUUGAACCUUCUGAAGUUCUCAAGCGCAUCCAAAUCGGCCUCUUAUGUGUGCAAGAAGAUGUAGCAGACAGACCAACAAUGUCAAGUGUAGUACUUAUGCUUGCAAGUGACUCAGUGAACCUUCCAAGGCCAACACAACCUGCAUUGUCUGUUGGAAGAGGUUUCACGGAGAAAGAGCCUUCAUCAAAAAAUACUACCCAUGACUCCAUCAAUGGAGUAACUAUUUCUGAAGUUUUAGCUAGAUGA